AUGCCGGUGACCUUCGAGGAGGUGGCUGUGUAUUUCACCCAGAGGCAGGGGUCUCUGCUGGACCCCGCUCAGAGAGCCCUCUACAGGGAUGUCAUGCAGGAGAACUACGAGAUGGUGACCUCUUUGGGAUUCCCCUUUCCCAAACCUGAGCUGAUCGCCCAGCUGGAACGAGGGGAAGAGCCAUGGGUGCCCGAUCUCUGGGACUGCAAGGAAAGAAGGCUUCCGAGAUACACCCGUAGAGGUGCUGAGCGAGGGAGUGAGAAUGAGGAGGGGAAUCAUCAUGAGGAAGUUCCCGGGGAAGUGGAACUGCAGGGGACCUUUGUGGGAAGAGCUGAAGGGAAUUUUUCCCAGUGCUUGGAGCAGGCAGAAGCCUGGGGAAGUGGGCACAGCUCAGACAGGCUUCUGGGAAACCACCCAGGGAAGAAAGUGGAUGAAUCUAUUAACGGUGGGGGAAGAGAGGAGGAUCCCAGAGUGCGGCAGACAAAUCCCAAGGAAGAGACACCCUGGCACCACCCUCAGUGUGGGAAAGAAUUCAUUGUCAGAUCACAGCUUGUGACACAUCAGACAAUCUGUGCUGGAGAGAAACCCUUUCAAUGCUUGGACAAUGGGGAAAGCUUCAAUAAGCUCUCAGAUCUUAAUAACCAUGGGAGCAGCCACACUGGAGAGAGAACUUGUCAAUCCCUCGAGUGCGGGAAAUGUUUCAUUUCGAAGAAACAAAUAAUUAGACAUCAGUUAAGCCACACAAGGGAGAGACCCCAUAAGUGCUUGGACUGUGGGAAAAGUUUCAUACAAAGGUCACACCUUGUUCAACAUCAGGCAUUCCACACAGGAGUGAGACCUUACAAGUGCUUGGACUGUGGGAAAAGUUUCAUACAAAGGUCAGACCUUGUUAGACAUCAGGCAAUCCACACAGGAAAGAAACCCCACAAGUGCUUGGACUGUGGGAAAUGUUUCACAGACAGGUCAACCCUUGUUAAACAUCGGGCAAUCCACACAGGAGAAAGACUCCACAAGUGCUUGGACUGUGGGAAAAGUUUCAUAAGAAGGUCAGACCUUGUUAGACAUCAGGCAAUCCACACAGGAAAGAAACCCCACAAGUGCUUGGACUGUGGGAAAUGUUUCACAGACAGGUCAAACCUUGUUAAACAUCAGACAAUCCACACAGGAGAAAGACCCCGCAAGUGGUUGGACUGUGGGAAAAGUUUCAUACAGAGGUCGCACCUAGUUCAUCAUCAGGCAAUCCACCCAGGAGAGAGACGCCACAAGUGCUGGGACUGUGUGAAAAGUUUCAUAAGAAAGUCAGACCUUGUUAAACAUCAGGCAAUCCACACAGGAGAGAGACCCCGCAAUUGCUUGGACUGUGGGAAAAGUUUCAUAAGAAGGUCAGACCUUGUUAAACAUCAGGCAAUCCAUACAGGAGACAGACCCCACAAGUGCUUGGACUGUGGGAAAAUUUUCAUAAGAAGGUCAGACCUUGUUAAACAUCAGGUAAUCCACACAGGAGAGAGACCCCACAAGUGCUUGGACUGUGGGAAAAGUUUCAUACAGAGGUCACACCUAGUUCGUCAUCAGGCAAUCCACACAGGAGACAGACCCCACAAGUGCUUGGACUGUGGGAAAAGUUUCAUAAGAAGGUCACACCUUGUUAAACAUCAGGCAAUCCACACCGGAGAGAGACCCCACAAGUGCUUGGACUGUGGGAAAAGUUUCAUACAGAGGGCACACCUUGUUAAACAUCAGGCAAUCCACACAGGAGAGAGACCCCACAAGUGCUUGGACUGUGGGAAAAGUUUCAUACAGAGGUCACACCUACUUUGUCAUCAGGCAAUCCACACAGGAGAGAGACCCCACAAGUGCUUAGACUGUGGGAAAAGUUUCAUAAGAAGGUCACACCUUGUUCAACAUCAGGCAAUCCACACAGGAGAGACUCCAGAGGUGCAUGGACUGCUGGAAAAGUUUCAUAUGGAGAUCUGA